AUGAGCGCCAGUAGCGGAAAUUUGGUUAAACCAGGGAAUGAUACGUCAAGGAAGAAAGUGACUUCUGCUCAAAGAGAACUAUAUAUGAAACCACUAUUGAGAUUGAAACAACAGCAAGAUAUUCUCGAAAGGGGUCUAAUUAGUGCAAUUGGAAACAUGAAAAUAGACCCGAAUUUGAUACAGGAUAUUAUGCACGAGCACAGAGAAUUAUUUUCUAAGAGGCAAGACUUUUUGAACACAAUGUAUAAAAAUAUAAACGAUAUUAAUUUUGAGUUGAAUUCUGUGAAACAUACUGCGAAGAAUCCGGAAGAUAUACAAAAGUUAGAUGUUAAUACGUACAAAUCAAAAUUGAUCAAACUUUCGCAAAAAAUGCAGGAUUUCAAGAAAUCCUGUCCCAUUCGAACUUUAAUGGAGGAAGGAGUUGCAUUGAAUACCGAAUUAGACGAACUCGAUUUUAAUUUAGAAAAGUAUGAGAAAGCGCAGAAAGAUGCAUUUCUACAAUUUUCGCAUGAAAAUAAAGUGGAAAAUAAAAAGGAGAAGACAGAAUAUAAAGAUGUAGACGAUUUUCAUGAUCUGGUUGCCCUAACAGGACACACGGGAAAUUGGAGUUCAGAGGACCAUCUGUUCUUUUUAAAAAUGAGAAAAAAGUGCGAGAAUAUUCCAGCCCUAGUUGCAGCUAUUAGAAAAAAAUGUCCAGAUUUAUCGCCAGAAACUAUAGUGAAUCACGAAGCGUGGUUUAAACAUUACGAAGAACUGCGUGAAAAGCAAAAGGCAGCAGUGAAAGAGUGGCGUCAACAAAAGGAAUUAGAAAAAAAAAAGAACAUGGACGAAAUUAAAAAAGAAAUUGAAAGUGCUUCCGAAGAUGAAGCUUUUCAAGAUGAAAAUGCAAAAGAGAAAACCAUAAAUAUUCCAAAAAAGACAAAGUCGUCUAAACCAGAAUCCAGAAGUACCAACAGCAGUGCUGAUUCGAAUAGAAGUGAUAAAAAGGAACAAAUUAAAAGAUGGAAACUCGAGAAGGAAAAUAAACGCUCAAUGGACGAGGAGCAGGUAAAAAUGCAACUGAAACUGAAGAAGGAAGUGCAGGAAAAUAGAAGAAAAAAGCGUAGAGAGAAAAUUCAGGAAGCUCUGGAAGAAUACAAAAAGAAAAAAUCUUUAGAAAAUGCUUUGAAAGAAAUGGACGAACAUUCGAAGGAAAAAUAUAAAUAUGACGCAACUUUGAUUAAAGAAUUUAGAAAGCAGGAUAAAGAAUUUACGAAGAAAAGGAAAGACUUGAUUCGACGUUCAAGAAAACCAAGCAAGAGCGAACUAGUGGAUGUAAAGAGGGUGGAGCUCGUGGAGACCCGAGAUUAUUCAACUUUGCUAAAUACUACGAAGGUUUGGAGGGAGAAAUGUAAAGUCGAAGACUCAACGAAACACUCGAAUGAAUUUCAAUAUAUCAAGGAUAUCCCAAACAUGUGUAUCCGAUGGAGGAACGAAGAAUCAGAAGAUCUAAAAAUCUAA